AUGUCUGCAGAUUUCUGGGCCGGGUACCUCAGCGGAGCCGUGGGGAUAAUCAUUGGUAACCCACUUGAUAUAAUUAAAGUACGUCUCCAAGCCAAUACAGCCGGAGAAAGGGGAUCAAGUACAUACUCCCGGCAGUUUGAAUCAACAAGCUCCUUAGUUCGAGGUGCUGCGGCCCCGAUACUAACAUAUGGCGCCUUAAACGCACUAUUAUUCACCAGCUACAACCGCUGCUUGACCGGUUUGGAACCCCGGGUGCAGAACCCUACAGAGCCCCUAGAGGCUUCCUUAAGCCAAAUAUGGGUUGCCGGAGCGGUUGGGGGGAUGGUUAGCUGGCUGAUUUCUUCGCCUACAGAGCUAGUGAAAUGCAGAGCCCAAUUGCAGAGUGGCACUGGUGCGGCAGCAGCAUCUUCUUGGGAAGUUGCAAAGAGUAUUGUUCGAAGCAAUGGAGUGAAGGGGCUAUAUUUUGGCGGAGGCGUUACAAGCGUGAGAGAUGCCGUGGGAUACGGAUUUUAUUUCUGGUCAUAUGAGCUAUGCAAGCGCAUGGCCACAAGGAGUGAUGAAACGGUGCAUCAGAUGGCAUUAAAAACGCUUAUAUGUGGUGGUAUAGCGGGUAUCGUGACUUGGGCAUCUGUAUUUCCCCUGGAUGUCAUAAAGACAAGGCUCCAAACUCAGGCAUCCUUUGCUCCUACUACCACAGAGGCCCGGCCACUGCUAGGAGAGGUUCAGGGGAGGCCUAGAGUGCUUGGAGCAUGGGAGAUAAGUAGGGAAGCAUACAGGACUGGCGGUUUUCGGGUAUUUUAUAGUGGGCUGGGGGUAUGCAGCCUGCGAGCCUUUGUGGUGAACGCUGUACAGUGGGCAAUAUAUGAAUGGAUGAUGAAAGUAUUCAGCGAGAGGCAACUUAUGGUAGCAAUAUAA